AUGGUUGAAAAUGAAGAAAAAGAAAGGCAGACAGUUUCUUGCACGAAAUUAAGAAAAUCUAUUUUAAGAGAUGACGAGACCGACGGACGAGGGCUUCAAGGGAAUUGGCAAGAGAAGGAGAAAGGGAGAGGAGAUGCUUUUGAGGAGAUGCGGAGAUGCCAAAUAUGGUUAAGCUUCGGUGGUGGCCGCCAAAUGGUUGCGGAUUCGAAACGAAAUUCGUUUGAAGAGUAA